UGGGAGGCAGCAAAAAAACUCUUGCUUACUGGAGCCCCCUCAGUGUGCAGGCUUAGAGGGACCUAGGCUGGGAGUGGAGCUGCAGCAUACCCACAGGCGCUGGGAUGUGGGCCCUUGUGCUACUCCUCUGGACUGGAGCCCUCCUCAGGCAUGGCAGCUGCCAGGACAUCGCUGGCAGCCCAGAGGAGGGCCUGGCCCCUGACAGCACGGGGGCGCCAGUGGAGGAGGAGGAUCCCUUCUUCAAGGUCCCUGUGAACAAGCUGGCAGCGGCUGUUUCCAACUUUGGCUAUGACCUGUACCGCGUGAAAUCCAGCGCGAACCCCACUGCCAAUGUGCUCCUGUCCCCACUCAGCGUGGCCACGGCACUCUCUGCCCUUUCGCUGGGAGCGGAACAGCGAACAGAAUCCAUCAUUCACCGGGCUCUCUACUAUGACUUGAUCAGCAACCCAGACAUCCACGGCACCUACAAAGAACUCCUUGACGCUGUCACUGCCCCCCAGAAAAACCUCAAGAGUGCUUCCCGGAUCGUCUUUGAGAGGAAGCUGCGGAUAAAAUCCAGCUUUGUGGCACCGCUGGAAAAGUCAUAUGGGACCAGGCCCAGAAUCCUGACCGGCAACCCUCGCAUGGACCUUCAGGAGAUUAACAACUGGGUGCAGACCCAGAUGAAAGGGAAGAUUGCCAGGUCCACGAGGGAAAUACCCAGUGAAAUCAGCAUUCUCCUUCUCAGCGUGGCUUACUUCAAAGGGCAGUGGGUAACAAAAUUUGACUCCAGAAAGACUUCCCUUGAGGAUUUCCACUUGGAUGAGGAGAGGACCGUGAAAGUCCCCAUGAUGUCAGACCCGAAGACUCUUUUACGCUAUGGCUUGGAUUCUGAUCUCAGCUGCAAGAUUGCCCAACUGCCCUUGACCGGAAGCAUGAGUAUCAUCUUCUUCCUGCCCUUGAAAGCAACCCAGAACUUGACCAUGAUAGAAGAGAGCCUCACCUCUGAGUUCAUUCAUGACAUAGACCGAGAACUGAAGACUGUCCAAGCGGUCCUGACCAUCCCCAAGCUGAAGCUGAGUUACGAAGGCGAAGUUACCAAGUCUCUGCAGGAGAUGAAGCUGCAACCCUUGUUUGAUUCACCAGACUUCAGCAAGAUCACAGGCAAACCUAUUAAGCUUACGCAAGUGGAACACAGGGUUGGCUUUGAGUGGAAUGAAGAUGGGGCAGAAACCACCUCCAGCCCAGGGCUCCAGCCUGCCCGCCUCACCUUCCUUCUGGACUAUCACCUUAACCAACCUUUCAUUUUUGUUCUGAGGGACACGGACACAGGGGCCCUUCUCUUCAUAGGCAAAAUUCUGGACCCCAGGGGCACUUAAUGUUCCAGUUCAAUGCUCCAGUACCCUAAAAGAAAAAAACUCCAGAGGGAUAGCAGAUUAUACAUUACAUGAAGGCUGCCCCUUUAAUGUUUCAAUGUAUACUUUACAAUAAAAGAGCUUUAUCCUUAA